AUGGCCGCCGGCAGCGCGGAGGAGGCCGUCGCCCUGAUGAAGAGCGCCGAGAAGCACUCACAAAAGAAAUUUUUUAAGCGACCCGACUGGGACACCGCGGCGAGCGAGUAUGAGAGGGCGGCGAGGAUAUACACCUACCUGGAGGACACAAACAGGGCGACUGACGCCUGGCGCAAGGCGUCCGGGGCGUACCAAAAUGCAGAAAACAAUUUUUUUGCAGCACGGGCUAUGGAGAGUCUCGCUGUAUUUCUGACAGAGCAAUCACGGAAGGGCAUGGGAGAUGAUACGUCACUCUUGAAUAAUGCGGUUGAGGCUUAUUGUGAUGCGUCCAAACUUUACGCAUUUAACGAAAUGUUUGACAGACAGGCGGAUUGCCUGAAGAAGGCCGCACAAAUUAUUAAUCCGACAAAGACAAUUGUGACAGGCUUGCCCGCAACGGAGGCGGGUAGUUCACAAGUAAAGAAAAGAAUGCAGCAGGUUGUUGGACUCUUUCGUGAGGGUGUAAGUGUGCUGGAGGAGCACAUUGAGGAUAAGCCUGUUGUUGCGGUGCAGUUACCCGAGCUUUAUCGCAAUUGGAUGUUAACGCAUCUUCAUAACGGCGAUGUUAAGGGCGCGGUGGAGGUGUUGGAGGAACAACUUGGCAUCCGCGCAGAUCCUCAUAAGAAGGGGGUUUUUGAGUGGCUUGCUCAGCCGCACAAUUCCGCAAAGGCUGGAUUAGAAAUCAUCGUCUUGUGUCUUUCAUGCGGGGACGAUGUCUGGGCACGACAGGAGAUGAAUAAACUGAGGGGUGUUCCAGGAUUUUCCACAUCAAAAGAGGAGGCCACCGCAAACGCACUUAUUUCCUCCUUUGAGGAGCGCGAUGAGGAACAGCUGCGAGCCGCCAUUAAGAAUCAGACAUUGCAGUUCAUCACCAUCGACAUCUCAAGGAUGUCAAGGAAACUGAAGAUUCAAUUCAGUGCCCCGCAAAGGACUAACAUGACGUCGUCUUCCUUGCCGAAUCCUUCAUUACCCAACGAACAACAGCAAGGAGAGGAACAGCAGGAGGCCGAUAUUGAUCCAGAGGAAGAUAUACGGUAA